CUCCCCAGGACAGUCACAUCCUGGGCUGUGAGUAGUGGCUGGAGGUUGGGAGCUGGACCCCUUGAUCCAGGUGGAUGAACCGGAAACGUACCUGAAACCCCAGCCCUGUCCAGCACGAAGCACAGCACCUGACACAUCACAGAAGCUGAACAAAAUGUUGGGAGAAGGAAAUGUCAUGGUCUGCAUGCUCAGUUUAAACUAGUGACAGAUUCAGUUUCCCUGGCCAUCAAAGAAACGUCAACUAAACAGUGUGAUGCCAUUGACCUCACUUUAGCCAAACCCUCAAUGGGCAUGAGAUAUUUCCAUAACUUUGUUCUGAGGUGGAAGCCACCUUCUUUGGUCCCAAUCGCCAAAACCUAUGGCUAGGUCAGCCAUUAGAGCCUCCUCUGAGGCUGCUGGAGAAAAUUGGACCCCUUGGGGUCACAGAUAACCUGGGGCCCCAUGAGUUAUACAGGGCCCCCACCUCCGGUCUACCUCCUGUGAGGGUUGGCGGAGGCUCCGCUUGGCAAUUACGCUUCACCGACGCUCCGCGCUGCGGGUCGAGAGGGAAGGAAGCCUUCAGGAGCUCCUGGGGUGAAUUUCUGCUUUGCCACUUGCCCCGUGUGACCUUGAACGAGCUAAUGAAGUUUUCCACGCCUCAGCGCCCGGGUUGGUAGAGUGGCAAAUACAGUCCGCUCCGUGUAGCCGUGUCUGGCAAACUCCCGGAGUGGAGCCUACUGGUGGGUGUAGGUUAUGUUAAAUCUGGGGCGGGGGUUCCAUUGGAGAACACCCUAGCGGCUGUGGCUUCCUCAGGGACCUUCUCCGCCGGGGAUAACUCCAAACACAUCCCGAGAAGCAGAAUUUGGGCAGCCAAGAUCCUGGAGGCCAGGCUGGGGCGGCGGGGGGCGGCGCGUGGAGGCUUAGGAGAAACCCCCAGUCCUUAGCCGGGACCAGAUUCGGGAACUGGGCUGGGCCGGGCUGGUCAGCCUCGGCGCCUUUCACCCCGUGGGCCCCGCCCUCGGUCCCGCCUUCUCCUAACCCGCGCCCCCAUUGGUGGCGGCCGGCGGCGCGGCCGCUGUUAUUUUUCGAAUAUAUAAGGAGGUGGAGGUGGCAGCUGCUGCUUAGAGGCUUCCCGGACUGGUGGCCGGUCCCUGCGUCCCUCCACCCCGCCCCACCCUCCCCGCUUCCCUCUCCUCCCUCGCUCCGACCCCGUGGCUCUUCCUCCCUCCCUCCCCCACCCCGGGCCCGCUCCCCACCUCGCCCCGGCCAGCUGUGCGAUGGAGCUGCCCCAACCGGAGCCCGCGCCGGGCCCGGCUCUCAGUCCGGCGGGCGUGCGCGGUGGUACGGAGCGUCCCAGCCAUCUCCUGGGCCUCCAGCUGGGAGCUCAUGGCCUCGUGGGGUCCCCGGAGCGCGCGGCCGCUUCCUCGCCGGUCACCAGCCUGACCCAGACCAUGCACAACCUCGCCGGGCUCGGCAGUGAGACUCCAAAGCGUCAGGCAGGCAGCCUGCUCUCAUGCUUGUCCCUGUCCAGACGGCGGGCAUCUGAAUCCUCCCUGUCCUCCCAGUCCUCUGAAUCUUCUGAUGCAGAAUUGGGACAUGGUGGGGGAAUGUGUACAGAGGAUGUCACUACUUUCGAACCAAGGUGCUCUGUCCCCCCAGGUCUGUGUAUGGAUUCUCCCAGCCCCAUGGACCCCAAGAUGGCAGAGCAGACGUUUGAGCAGGCCAUCCAGGCAGCAAGCCGGGUCAUCCGAAAUGAGCAGUUUGCCAUUCGACGUUUCCAGUCCCUGCCGGUGAGGCUUUUGGGCCACAGCCCUGUGCUGCGGAACAUCACCAACUCCCAAGCAACUGGCCGCUGGAGGAAGAGUGAGGCGUGUGGCCGAGCUGCCCGAAGCUCUGAGGAGGACAAAGAGAAUGAUGGAUUUGUCUUCAAGAUGCCAUGGGAACCCCCACAUCCCAGCCAUGCCCAUGCUUUGGCAGAGUGGGCCGACCGCAGGGAAGCCUUUGCCCAGAGACCAAACUCAGCCCCUGACCUGAUGGUACACUGGGAGAAAGGAACCCUGCGGUCUGUGGCUGUCCCCACCACACAGUGUCUCACCCCCGAGCGGAAAAUGGAAGUAGAGGAACUGAGUCCCCCUGCCCAAUGCCGAUUCUCCCUGACUGCCACCCAGGGGGCCUCCGAGGAAGAUGAUGGAUUUGUGGACCUCCUGGAGAGCGACUUAAAGGAUGACAAGGCGGUACCCCCAGGCAUGGAGAGCCUCAUUAGCGCCCCACUGGUCAAGACCUCAGAAAAGGAGGAGCAGGACCUCAUCAUGUACAGCAAAUGCCAGCGGCUCUUCCGCUCUCCGUCCAUGCCCUGCAGCGUGAUCCGACCCAUCCUCAAGAGGCUGGAGCGGCCCCACGACAGGGACCUGCCCACACAGAACAAGCGCAGGAGGAGCGUGACCCCUCCAGAGGAGCAGCAGGAGGCCGAGGAACCUAAAGCCCGUGUCCUCCGCUCCAAGUCCUUGUGUCAUGAUGAGAUUGAGACUAUCCUGGACAGUGACCACCGGGAACUGAUUGGGGAUUACUCCAAGGCUUUCCUUCUGCAGACUGUGGAUGGAAAGCACCAAGAUCUCAAGUACAUCUCACCAGAAACGAUGGCAGCCUUGCUGGUGGGCAAGUUCAGCAACAUCGUGGAGAGGUUUGUGAUUGUGGACUGCAGGUACCCCUACGAGUACGAAGGCGGGCACAUCAAGACUGCCGUGAACCUGCCCCUGGAACGGGAUGCUGAGACCUUCCUGCUACAGAGCCCCAUCACACCCUGUAAUCUGGACAAGAGAAUCAUCCUCAUUUUCCACUGUGAAUUCUCAUCUGAGCGUGGUCCCCGCAUGUGCCGUUUCAUCAGAGAGCGCGACAGAGCUGCCAAUGACUACCCCAGCCUCUACUAUCCUGAGAUGUAUAUCCUCAAGGGCGGCUAUAAGGAGUUCUUCCCCCAACACCCGACCUUCUGUGAGCCCCAGGACUACCGGCCCAUGAACCACGAAGCCUUCAGGGAUGAGCUGAAGACUUUCCGCCUCAAGACCCGCAGCUGGGCUGGGGAGCGGAGCCGACGGGAGCUCUGUAGCCGCCUGCAGGAUCAGUGAAGGGCUGAUGCCAGUCCUGCCUGCCUCCUUUGCCUCGCUGCCUGGGUCCCAGUCUCCCAGGGGCCUGUGGGGCUGAGGGUCUGCUCGAGGCCCCAACUGCCAUCCAGGGGAAAGACAGUGAGGGUGUUCUGUCCAUCUGCACCCAGCCCCGAUCCCCAUGUCUCAAUGCAAUUAUAUUCCACAUCCUCGUGCCACCUCUACCCCAGCCCAGACCCGGGGAGAGCCCAGCCUGUUGACUUGGUGAAACUGGAUUAAGUCCAGCUCAAAGGAAGUAUUUUGUGUCCAGCAGGAACGUUUUUGCUUUUUCUCCUUCCUUGUUUGAGUUAACCCUUUGUCUUCUUGUGUCCAGAAAAGCCCCCCCUCUUUCCCAGAGGCUCUGUUUAUAUGUGUCUAGGAGAAAGCCACCCCCCCGCCACUGGGGAUGGGCCAAAGCAGAACCCCUCCCUGCCCGGGGUGCUGGCACUCCUGGGUGUGUCUGCCAUGUUUCCUUUCUCUUCCUCUUUCCCAUCCUUCCACGUGAACACCUCUAGCACAAACAGAAGCUCUUACUCUUUCCUGUUUCAGUGUUACCUGCGUGCUUGACUCCUUCGUCUGAUUUAGUGCCCAUCUCAGGAGAUGCAUGGGCUGAGAUCUCAGCUCCUCUCUCCACUUGGGGUUAGAGACUCCAACCAUUAAUUAGCCACUCGGCCCUGGCUUCUGUUGCCUCAGAAAGGGAUGACCUCCUUGGGGGGCCAUUGGGCAAGGGCUAAGGUCUGCAGUCCAGCCCCCACUGCUGUGAACCCCGGGGUCCGAUUGGUCAGAACUUGCUGCUCUCUUGUUGUGCAUGGACAGAUGGAUGAAUGGAUGGAUGGCAGAUGGAUGGAGAGCCACAGAUGCCCAAUGUCCAGCACACACAAAUGGCUGAGUGGAAGCAUUUCAGUGAGCGUGACCGCCUGCAGCAAGAACGGAUGUAUGUCUGUCUGUGUGGACAAAAUCUUUACACGUUAAGCUUUAGAGAUACUCGAGACAAAAUGUUGUGGAAGCGGUGAAGCCAAGGACAGAGCCACGUCUGGAUUCUGAAUCUCAGGACGUGUGGAGGGCUGUGUUUGAAGAAGGCCCUGUUGACUCAUCUGUCCGGGCCUUGGGUCAAUAAAGCACUGAGCAAGCGGA